AUGUCUCGUCCCAUCGUUUUUUCAGGUCCCAGUGGUACCGGUAAAUCAACACUCUUGAAGAAACUAUUUGCAGAAUUUCCUGAUAAAUUUGGAUUCAGCGUUUCUUCUACUACUAGAUCACCUCGUCCAGGUGAAGUUAAUGGUAGAGAGUAUAAUUUCGUUCAAGUAGAACAAUUUCAAAAGAUGAUCCAAGAAGGAAAAUUUAUUGAAUGGGCACAAUUUUCUGGUAAUUACUACGGUACUGCUGUGGAUAGUGUUAAAAAAGUCAUUGAAUCAGGUAAAGUUUGUCUAUUGGAUAUUGAUAUGCAAGGUGUUAAAGCUGUCAAAUCAUCCGAUUUGAACGCUAGAUUCCUUUUCAUUGCACCACCAUCAGUAGAAGAUUUAGAAAGCAGAUUGAGAGGAAGAGGUACUGAAACCGAAGAAUCUAUCAGCAAGAGACUAGCGGCAGCCAAGGGCGAGAUGGAUUUUGCCUCUACUGGUGUCCAUGACAAAAUAAUUGUCAAUGACGAUUUGAACAGGGCAUAUGAUGAGAUGAAGCAGUUUAUUCUCGCAACUGAGAAAUAA